AUGGCGAGUGAAGAAGCUGAUAACAACAAGUUCACUUGGGUGAUUAAGGAUUUCUCCUCUCUGCAAUCAAGGAGGAUCUACUUUGAUGGAUUUUUUAUUGGUGGCUACAAAUGGCGUCUUAUUGCUUUUCCAAAAGGAGCUAGAGUUGAUUGCUUGUCUCUGUUUCUUGGAGUAGCAGAUCAUGAAUCAUUGCCACUUGGAUGGAGAUGGAACACAAAAUUUUCACUCAAAGUAGUAAAUCAAUUUUCAGAAGAAUCCUCCAUACUGCGAGAAGCAACCGUGUGGUUUGAUCAGAAGACUCCCUUCUUUGGUUUUAUGAAAAUUCUUCCACUUGCCAAACUUCAUUCCAAUGAUGGUGGUGGGUUUCUUGUGAAUGACGAGCUCAAGAUUGUUGCGGAGAUAAAUGUUCUUCAAGUUAUCCUCGGCGAAUCUGAUGAUGCAUCAGAGGGAUCUCAAGAGGCAUCACAACCUAUGAAAAAAACAAAGAUGGAACAUUAUGGUUCGAGAUCUAGUGAUUUGCACAAGGAAACUCAAGUGGGGAACAGAACCGUUGACAUCAAUGGCUUUCAAGUCUCUUCAUCACAAGUAGCAUAUGUGAGGUGGAUAUUUGAAAAACACCCAGACUUUGCAUCAAAAGUCCGUUCUAAUAGUCAGAAUCUGAAGUCGUCAUACAUAAAUGCUCUCCUUGGAUUAAUUGAAACACUCUGCCAGUUGCCUGAGAAGCUCUCAGAUGAUGAUUUGGAUGAAGCAUCGGCUGUAGUUUCAUACUUAACGCAGGUUGGAUUCAAAGUGGAUUGGUUGGAGAAGAAGCUGGAGGAAGUAAAGGAAACAAAGAAGAAAGUGUGCACUGGUAAGGCUGAGCUGGAACACAUGGAGGAAGAGUUUAAGAUACUCAACAAGAAAUGCUUGGAACUUAAAGAUCUUGUGGAGAAGCAGAAUGAAGAUGUGACUGCGGCCAAUGUUGCUCUCUCUUUCGAUGAUGUUGUUUGA